AGCAGGUACAUGUAAGACCCUGAACUAUCUCUCCGUCUGCGCGCACAGCUUACCGUACUUUCCCGUCCUCGUCGCUUGCCUUUCCUCGCUUUCUGUCUUUGUUUUUUCGCGACUUCCUUGCUCAUGUUGUGGCUAGCUCACCCACUCGAACAGACGAGCUGGCACAUGUCUUGAGAUCAGAAAGGCACUUACUUUUCUUUUCGUUUUCACACAAUACCAGGUGUCAAAGAAAGAGCAGGGAUCCGCUCGAAAGGAAAGAAAAAAGUCACGUUCUGCUUUGCGUGGAAGAAUGAGCUUCAACGAGGCAGCACUCCAGUAUAUCCAGACGGCGCGCGACAAUGGUUUGCUAUUCAACGGGAGCGAUGUGCCCGCGAUGGUCGACUACGCCGAUGAAAAGCGCAAGAGUUAUCUCGUGCGGGGUGCGCACUUUGAGGUGCCGUCGCACUUCGAGGUGCUGAAUGCGGUUGGGUACGGCGCCUACGGUGUGGUGUGCGCCGCGGUGGACCUGCGCCUGGUGCCGUCCAGCACGAGCUACAACGCGGCGUUGCGGCAGAUUGAGAAGGAGGGCCAGUUUGUGACGCGCCAGGCACGCAACCGUGACCCGCCAGUCUAUUACCGCACCCGGUGCUUGCUGGCCAGCGCCGCCCCCGGGCGCAGCGUACAUGUCCCGAACCUGUAUUCGGAGCCGUACAAGCGGCGUGCUCUCGCGGGAGGCGAGCCGUCGCCUUUCGUGGCGAUGAAGAAAGUGUCCAAGGUCUUCGACGACCUCGUCGAUGGACGUCGCAUCCUGCGGGAGGUGAAGGUGCUCCGCUACUUGCAAGGCCACCCCAACGUAAUUCGAUUGCUGGAGGUGCGAUGGCCACCACCCGCGGCAGGCGGCGCGAGUAGCACGGCUGCGCUGGAUGAUGUGUACCUGGUCACCGAGCUCAUGGACACCGACCUCGCUGCUUUGCUGAAGUCUUCGCAGCAAAUCAACAUGGAACAGUUGCGCUUCAUCGCGUACCAACUCAUUAAGGUGCUUGUGUACGUGCACAGCAGCGGCGUCAUGCACAGAGAUUUGAAGCCAGGCAACGUUUUGUUGAACGGCGACUGCGACAUGAAACUUUGCGAUUUUGGGCUCUCACGCGGCGGCAUCCCACUCUCAGUCAAAGGGCGGAGUAGCAGCGGCAGCACGUGGAGCAUGCCCGAUCCCGAUCUCGAAGAGAUGUCGCAGUGGGAGCAGCUGUGUUGGUCGAGUGGGCCGCCCGAACCACAGCAGCCGGUCUUUACCAAGACCAAGACGGCACCGCUGUACAGCCUCACCGACUACGUUGUCACGCGUUACUACCGUGCGCCGGAGUUGCUCGUUAUGAGCCGCUACAACCACGCAAUUGACAUGUGGUCAGUGGGCUGCAUUCUCGCCGAGAUGCUGCUGCGUCGCCCGCUGUUUGCGGGCACCAAUUACCUCUCCCAGCUGACGCUCAUCCUGGAGACGCCGGGGCUGCGCGCCGUGCCGCACACGCCCGAGCAAGUCGCCGCUCUCUUCGACGGCGGCGAGGAAGGCAAGCACCUCAUCAGCGACCUCCUCUUUUUCCGCAACACGCCGCCGACCGGUGCGUCGCAGACGGUGCGCGGGCAGGUGCACUCGCAGGCCCUCUUCCACAGCGCCGUCUUCGGCUCUAACGCGGACGUUCCGGUCGAGCUUGGCAUCUUGGUGGCGAAGCUGCUCUCCUUCGAUCCGCAGAAGCGGCCCACCGCGGUAGAGGCGCUGCGCGACCCCUUCUUCCGCCCUCUCUACGACGCGAGGGACGAAAUUGUGCGAUCGCCGGCGAUGGAUGUGUCGGAGGUGCAGGAGUGCAUUCCGGAUAUCGCAGCCUACCAAAGGAUGCACCCCUGCGUGGUGCAGGACGAAGCGCCGCCCUUUACGUGGGAGUUUGACCACCGCAUCACAAGCAGCCAGUCGCUACGUGCGCUGUUUCAAGAGGAGUGCGCGGCCUCCAUGGAUGUGCAGCGCCAGAUCAAGAAGCAAAAUCCUGCGACGGACACUCCUUUCUCAGCUUGA